AUCAUAUUUCCCUUUCUUGAUCAGAAAACACAACGCAGCUCCGAAGUCCGAAGAGCCGCUCAUUUGGUUUCGUCAAUUUCAUAUACUGUAUAUUCCCCAAUAUAGUACAUUUUAUAUUAUAUAUAUACAGACACAGACAUCGACGAGUCUCUUCGUUUCUCCAUCUCAAUCUCAACCUGUUCGGAAUCGCCUUCCAGUGCCUCAGAUGGGAAGUCAACAGAAUGGUGCUGCAUCUGAAGUCAAUAUGCCUACCACUCGUGGCCUUGACAUAGCCUUGGACCAAAAUGGUUCUGCACUCAGUGGGUCUCUUUGUGAUUCGAACAUAGAUACCCUAAGAAAUGGUGGGGACAAAGCAAAUGGAGAUGUUAAGAGCCCUGCUAGCAUUCCCAAUGUUUAUGCAGAAGAUGUGGUGAGAAGUAAGAUGAGCAAUGUGAUUGGGAUUGUGACUGAAGUUGCUGGUGACUUAGAUUCCGACAGCGGCAUUACUGAUGACGACGAUGAUGAUGACAAUGACGAUGAUGAUGAAGAUGACGAUGAGGAUGAGGAUAAUGCUGAGGAUGAGGAACGUAAUGUUCAUGAUAAAUCUCGGGACAAUCAUGAUGAGAAUGAGGGUGCUGAUAAGUCUGGUCCUCUUUCUGCUGAACAAGUUCGAGUACUUUGGAUAAAUGGUACAGAGACUACUGAAAAUCAUAGUGAUUUAACACUCACAGAUCGUGGGUUCUUGCACGGUGAUUAUGUUGCCGCUGCAUCAGACCCAACAGGGCAAUUGGGCGUUGUGGUUGAUGUUAAUAUAAUGGUGGAUUUGUCCGCUCCAGAUGGAUCGAGUAUUGAAAACAUUUCAUCCCGAGACUUGAAGCGCGUCAGAGAUUUUACUGUGGGUGAUUAUGUUGUCCUUGGCCCUUGGCUGGGCCGAAUAGAUGAUGUUUUAGAUAAUGUAACCGUGAAAGUUGAUGAUGGCUCCGUGUGCAAAGUAGUGAAGGCUGAUCCUCUACGCCUCAGACCAGUGACCAAGAAUUUACUGGAAGAUGGGCAUUGUCCUUACUACCCAGGUCAACGUGUCAGAGCUACCUCUUCGUCGAUCUUUAAGAAUUCCAGGUGGUUAUCUGGGUUAUGGAAAGCUACAAAGUUGGAAGGUACUGUUAUUAAAGUCACUGUUGGAUCCGUGUUUGUAUACUGGAUAGCAUCUGCAGGCUAUGGACCCAAUUCUUCUACUGCUCCGGCUGAAGAGCAGAGUCCAAAGAACUUGAAGUUGCUGUCAUGUUUUGCCUAUGCAAAUUGGCAACUUGGUGAUUGGUGUCUUCUUCAGUCUUCUCAGCAAGAGUCGUCAAUUCCCUUACACAAGCGAUUGUCAAAAUUAAAGAUCGAUGAUUCUGCCAAAGGUGAAGAAGAUUCUUCUCAGCCAGGAACUGGAUGCGAUUCUGAAGAGGUUGAGUGCGAUGAGAAUGAAUUCAUGGAUGAUCCAAUGGCACCGUCAGAUGUGAAUAAUGUAAAUACUGCCUCAUCUGAGUGCAGCUCUUGUGGCAGUUCGUUGUCGUCCGUGAAGGAACCUGUCCAUGAGUCUAGGCCAAUUCAUCGCAAAAGAAUCCGCAAAGUUGUGGUCAAGAGAGAUAAGAAGACUCGCAAGAAGGAGGACAAUUUUGAAAGAGCUCUCCAGAUUGUUAAUACCAGGACAAAAGUUGAUGUUCUCUGGCAAGAUGGGACGAUAGAACAUGGGUUAGAUUCCGCAAAAUUGAUUCCAAUCGAAACUCCUGGUGAUCAUGAUUUCGUUGCCGAGCAGUAUGUGGUGGAGAAAGCUGCUGAUGAUGAAGAUUACGCUGGUGAGCCUCGGCGUGUGGGCGUUGUGAGAAGUGUGAAUGCGAAAGAGCGGACGGCUUGUGUAAACUGGUUAAAACCUGUUGCAAAGGCAGAAGAUCCACGUGAGUUUGACAAGGAGGAAAUUGUAAGCGUGUAUGAGCUGGAGGGACAUCCUGAUUAUGAUUAUUGUUAUGGAGAUGUUGUUGUACGGCUCUCAACCAUGACUUCUCGAACAAUGGCUUCUGGGGAUUCUGUGGAGACCCCAAAGCAGUUAAAUGAAUCGAAUGAGGAAAAUGUGAAUAUGGAAGAGUCAAAUAAUGCCAAGAAAGUGUCUGGUGAUGAAGGUUGUGCGGACUUCUCUGAUUUCUCUUGGGUAGGGAAUAUAAGUGGACUGAAAAAUGGAGAUAUUGAAGUCACAUGGGCUGAUGGCAUGGUUUCAACGGUAGGACCUCAAGCUAUAUAUGUUGUUGGUCGUGAUGAUGAUGAUGGAUCACUUGCUGAUGGGAGUGGCUUGAGCGACGUUGCCAGUUGGGAAACAGUUGAGGAUGAUGAGAUGGAUACCCAUGAGCAAGAACAAGAGGAACAAGGGCAGCAAAGUGGGUGGGAUGCUGAUUCAAACAUAGAAAGUGCAGAAGAUAAUUCUGGAAGAAAUUCAGCACUCUCUCUUCCUUUUGUGGCACUUGGGUUCGUGACAAGAUUGGCAACUGGAAUAUUUUCACGUGGACGAAAAAAUGCUGAUUCAACUGAAUUGGAUCCGGAAGCGGAGAAUCAUGUGCAAUCAGAACCCUUGAUAAAGAAUUCCGAGGACAGAUGUUCCAGCGACGAAGCCAACUCAGAGAAAUCGAAUGUCCUGUUCGUUGCGGAUUCAGAAACAACGGAUCAAAGCAGGGAGAAAUGUGUUUCUGCAGAUUUAAUAUACGCCCGAGAGAGUUUAAAUAGUAUGAGAUCUCAAGAUUCAAUUCCCCCUCCUACGAAUGAGGAUGAUGGCUCUACAUUCAAGCACUUCGACAUAUCUAGAGACCCCUUUGAUCAUUAUUUCCUUGGUACAAAUGCGCAGAGUAACAAUCCAAGAAAGUGGUUUAGGAAGGUACAUCAAGAUUGGGACAUCCUUCAAAACAACCUUCCCGAUGACAUCUAUGUGCGGGUUUAUGAGGACCGGAUGGACCUAUUGAGGGCAGUGAUAGUCGGGGCAUACGGAACUCCUUAUCAAGAUGGUCUCUUUUUCUUCGAUUUUCACCUUCCGCCGGAGUACCCUGAUGUUCCACCGUUGGCAUAUUAUCAUUCUGGUGGGUGGCGGAUAAAUCCUAACUUGUAUGAGGAAGGGAAGGUCUGCCUUAGCCUCUUGAAUACGUGGACCGGCAAAGGGAACGAAGUGUGGGACCCAUCGUCCUCAAGCAUUCUUCAAGUUCUGGUCUCGCUCCAAGGGCUUGUCCUGAAUGCUAAACCUUAUUUCAAUGAGGCAGGCUACGAUAAACAGAUUGGGACAGCUGAAGGCGAGAAGAACUCGCUGUCCUACAACGAGAAUACAUUCUUGCUCAACUGCAAGAUGAUGAUGAAUCUAAUGAGGCGUCCUCCCAAGGACUUUGACCCUCUCAUCAAAGAGCACUUCAAAAAGCGGGGCUUCUACAUCCUUAGAGCCUGCGAUGCCUACAAGAAGGGCUACCUAAUUGGCUCUCUAGCCAAAGAUGCCUCUACAGUCGACGACGAGAGCCAUGCCAACUCCACCUCAAUCGGCUUCAAGCUCAUGCUAGGAAAGAUUGUCCCGAAGCUUCUCCUCUCGCUGGAAGAAAUAGGAGUCGAUUGUUGCGAAUUCGAGCAUCUCAGGAACUCAUAACAACUGGAGCUGCCUUCAGAAGGUCCGACCUCUGCUUACGCCUUCCUUAGCCAAAGAAAAGGACAGGUCUAGUUAUCUCUCGCCCAUUCUUUUGUUCUUGUUAACAUUAACAUUGGAUACGACAAUCAAUGUAAAGGGAUUUCCACUCCGUGUCGAAGUUCCAUUA